UGUGUGCGUGUGAUCCAGCGAGCUCGCUAGCUUAUAGAGGAAGGGUUAUUUUAAUACUGUCGCAGAGCCUCCCCUCCCCCUGCUCUCUCUCUCCAGCUAGUCUGUUACAGUGGUCUGAUUGUGCGUGUCGCGCUCCACCUGCAUCCUUUCUAAACCGCGAGCGGAGUCUGCAGCUCCAGUAAACGCACAGAGCAAAGCUCGGAUGAGCCGCUACUCUCAUCGCGCAGCAGCCACUGUGGAGGUGCGAUACAGGUGGUGCCUUUAGCCGAUUCCUGCGGUCGCCAUGGACACCUUUUUCAGACGGCACUUUAAGAGGAAGAAAGUGGGCAGGGCGCCAGCAGGAGGGGGUGGAGCCGAGUGCUGCCGGCACAAGCGGCCCGCCGUCGCCGUAGCCACCAGCAAGGCCCGCCGGCGGUCCAGCGCCGGCUUGCCGUCAUCCAUGCUGGCCCAGCGGCGGCGCUCCAGCGUCCAGCUGCAGGCACUGCACCAUGCCCCGGUGGGCUGCUGCUUGGGGGGCGGGGCCUGCCAUGGCCGCCGCCGCUCCAGCACCACCGCGCCCAGGCUCCAACCCCGCUUCGCCGUCCGCCGCCGAAGACCGGGCAGGCCGCGAACCAUUGACGCCCACCUGCUGGGCUCGUCCCUGCUGCUGGCCAGCCUCGUCCGCAUGACGGAGGAGGAGGAGGAUGGCGGGAACGUGCGUACGCUGCUGGGGGAGCCGACAGAGGGCUGCAGGGACGCUCCGUCCCUGUCCGACUCGGACGGCGACAGCGGCGGGGACUGGGACAGCAGCAAUGAGGACGACGGCAAAACCGAAUGUUCUGGAGAAGAGGAGGAGGCGGCGAGCGAGGGCGGACCGCCAGAGCCGAGCGACUUGGGCCGAGCGAGCGCCCUCGAUUGCCAAUCAUCGCCAGAGGACGGCUCUGCCACGAGGGACCGGGGCGCCACUCCCGAGAAAGAGGAGGAGGAGGCACGGGAGGAGGAGAAGGAGAGCAAGCACCCACACUCCCGGGCCUUGAUCCGCACCCCUCGCUGCCUCCGCCGAAACUCCUCCCACCCGCAGCUGGCCGAGGCCUUCCUCUCCAGCGCCCCGUACGCAGGGCACCGCCGUGCCCAACGGCACCGCGCCACGCCGAUCUCAAAGGCCCGCGGGCCCUGGCCCAGCAGGGGGGGGCCCAGCCGUAGGCGUCCCUCGCUGUCCCCGUACCAGACCUGCUCAGCCUGCUGGAGGCUGGGCUCCCCCAGACGGGGGUCCCUGAGCCCCCUGCAGGGAACCUACUACGACCCCCAGCUGGAAACAUGGAGUGGGUUCCUCUCGAAAGCCAUCGCAAAGUCAGGUCUACAUCACCUAGUUGCCCAGCCCAGUGCCUUGGCCACUGCUAAGCACAACCCUGACCGGGAGAUACCCAGCUGUGUGGACUGGAGUGAGAACGCCCUUUAUGGGGAACACAUCUGGUUUGAGACCAAUGUCUCCGGAGACUUCUGCUAUGUUGGAGAACAAAACUGCAUUGCCAAGACUCUGCAAAAAUCUGUAACCAGGAAGAAGUGCGCUGCCUGUAAGAUAGUGGUCCACACCAUCUGCAUCGAACAGCUGGAGCAGAUAAACUUUAGGUGUAAGCCGUCAUUUCGGGAAUAUGGAUCACGGAACAUAAGGGAGCCCACCAUUGUGCGGCAUCACUGGGUCCACAGACGACGACAAGAAGGGAAAUGCCGGCAAUGUGGGAAGGGUUUCCAGCAGAAGUUUGCCUUUCACAGUAAAGAAAUAGUAGCUAUCAGCUGUUCCUGGUGCAAACAGGCAUAUCACAGUAAAGUGACGUGCUUCACACUGCAGCAGAUAGAGGAGCCCUGUUCUUUGGGGGCGCACGCUGCUGUCAUUGUCCCACCCACCUGGAUCCUUCGUGUCCGCCGGCCUCAGACAUCACUAAAGUCAAGCAAAAAGAAGAAACGGACCUCAUUCAAGCACAGGCCCAGCAAAAAGGGGUCUGAGGAGUCUCGAUGGAAGCCCUUCAUUGUGAAGCCCAUUCCCUCUCAGCUCAUAAAGCCCUUGCUGGUCUUUGUCAACCCAAAGAGUGGGGGAAACCAGGGAGCGAAGAUAAUCCAGUCCUUCAUGUGGUACCUCAACCCUCGACAAGUUUUCGACCUGAGUCAGGGAGGCCCCAAAGAAGGGUUAGAAAUGUACCGUAGAGUUCACAACCUGCGAAUCCUUGCCUGCGGAGGUGACGGAACGGUGGGCUGGAUCCUGUCCACACUGGACCAGCUGCAGCUGAAACCUCAGCCUGCUGUGGCCAUCCUGCCCCUGGGGACUGGGAAUGACCUGGCCAGGACCCUCAACUGGGGCGGGGGGUAUACCGAUGAGCCUGUGUCUAAGAUCCUCUCACAUGUGGAGGAUGGCAAUAUCGUCCAACUGGAUCGCUGGAACCUCAUGGUGGAGCCCAACCCAGAGGCUAGCUUGGAAGAGAAGGAUGAGCAUCAGACAGACAAGCUUCCCCUGGAUGUCUUCAACAACUACUUCAGCCUCGGGUUCGACGCACAUGUGACCCUGGAGUUCCACGAGUCUCGAGAGGCCAACCCAGAGAAGUUCAACAGCAGAUUUCGGAAUAAGAUGUUCUAUGCAGGGACGGCUUUUUCAGAUUUCCUGAUGGGCAGCUCCAAAGACCUGGCCAAGCACAUCAAAGUUGUGUGCGAUGGCACAGAUCUCACCUCCAAGGUCCAGGAUCUCAAACUGCAAUGCCUAGUGUUCCUCAACAUUCCCAGAUACUGUGCUGGCACCAUGCCCUGGGGUAAUCCCAGCGAGCACCAUGACUUUGAACCUCAGAGGCAUGACGACGGCUGCAUCGAGGUCAUCGGGUUCACCAUGACUUCUCUGGCCACGCUGCAGGUCGGAGGUCAUGGCGAGCGGUUGAACCAGUGCCGGGAGGUCACCCUGACCACUUACAAGCCCAUCCCCAUGCAGGUGGACGGGGAGCCCUGCAAGCUGGCCCCCUCUGUCAUCAGCAUCUCCCUGAGAAACCAGGCCAACAUGGUCCAGAAAACCAAGAGGAGAACCUCCAUUCCCCUGCUCAAUGAGCUCCUGCUGCUGGGCCCUGGCUUCCAGAUCUUCCUGACUAAUCUGAACCAUAGCAAUACAGACGCAGGGUCUCUGAGCUGGCUGAGUGGUGCAGGGUCUCUGGGUUUGCAGACAGACACGGGGUCUCUGUGCUGGGUGAUGAACACAGGGUCUCUGGGCUGGCUGAGUGGUGCAGGGUCUCUGGGUUUGCAGACAGACACAGGGUCUCUGUGCUGGGUGAUGAACACAGGGUCUCUGGGUUUGCUGACAGACGCAGGGUCUCUGAGCUGGCUGAGUGGUGCAGGGUCUCUGGGUUUGCAGGCAGACACAGGGUCUCUGUGCUGGGUGACGGACACAGGGUUUCUGGGCUGGCUGACAGACACAGGGUCUCUGGGUUUGCAGACAGACACAGGGUCCCUGGCACAGGGUCUCUGGACAGACACAGGGUCCCUGGGUUUGCAGACAGACACAGGGUCCCUGGGUUUGCAGACAGACACAGGGUCCCUGGGUUUACGGACAAACACAGGGUCCCUGGGUUUACAGACAGACACAGGGUCCCUGUGUUUGCAGACAGACACAGGGUCCCUGGUGCAGGGUCUCUGGACAGACACAGGGUCCCUGGCGCAGGGUCUCUGGCCCCAUGACGACUACGAGGCCCUGCACUACCGCAAGGAGAAGCUGAGGGAGGCCUCAAUCCCAUUGGGCCUUAUCGUCGUCCCGGGAGACAGUGACCUGGAAACAUGCCGCUCUCACAUUGAGAGGCUACAGGAGGACAUCUCCUUUCAGCUACGCCCUCAGGGACUGGUGCUACAGGAGGGGAGUGGGGCUAAAUCAAAAAUGGUGUCUUCACAGAAGCUUUCCCCAAAAUGGUGUUUUCUGGACUCUACAACAGCUGAUCGGUUUUACAGAAUUGACCGAGCACAGGAACACUUGAACUACGUGAUGGAGAUCUCACAGGAAGAACUUUUUAUCCUGGACCCCGAGCUGGUCGUCACGGAGACCAUGGGCACCUCCCCGGGCAUGCCUGACCUGGUGGACUCUUCCGGAGAGUGCCAGGCCACGACGCGGCAGUUUGCCUUCCCAUCAUCCUCCUGUUCUCCACCCACCUCCCCGAUCCCGAGGAUCAAAGAGCUUCAGAGGUCCUCACAGAGGACGCAUCUCUCCAGUGACAGCUCGGUUACCAUGGCGCUGGCAUGCGGUGAUGCAGUGAGCUACACUAAGCCGGCCCUCAACAGGUCAGAGAGGAGCACCUUUUGCAAUACAGACACAGUCUCCACAGAGGCGCUGAUUGAGAGUGUGAAACGCAGGGACUACCAGAGGCUGAGGGAGCUUCACGUGCUGGGGGCAGACCUGGCAACACGUGACGCCCUGGGCCGUACGCUGCUCCAUCACGCCGUGGAUGCGGGCAGCAAAGAGAUCGUCAGGUACAUCAUCGACAACGCACCCAGCGAUAUCUUGGAUGUUACAGAGGAAGAGAGUGGAGAGACAGUUCUUCACAAAGCCGCCUCGCUGUGCCAGAGGACCAUCUGCCAUUACCUGGUGGAAGCCGGGGCAUCGCUUAUGAAGACAGACCUACAGGGCGACACUCCAAAGCAGCGAGCAGAGAAAGCCAAGGACCAGGAGCUGGCUACGUACCUGGAGAACCGGCAGCACUACCAGAUGAUCCAAAGGGAGGACCAGGAGACGGCUGUUUGACUACCCAUCCCCAUUUCACUGGUGCCUCACUGUCGACCAAAAAAAUGAAUAAAAAAUGUAAAACAUGGAA